CUUUGUUUUGUACAGAAGAAUGGCUGCCAUCUUUAGUUUUCGAUGGAUGUUUUCCGAAGAGAUCGUGAAUUCUCGUAUUUAUUGUGGUAUUUAAUAACGUAAUAAAAUCUCGGAUAGUGAAAUAACGUUGUACGCGAUGUAAAGAGUGUUUAUUCGUUUAUUAUUUAAGCUGCCCUGGUGUUAAUUCCAUUAAAAAAUGCUUGUGUUUACAUCCAAGUUUAAAGUGAGCUUCUGUAUUCCUGUCAUAUUAAGUUUCUUUCGACGAUCGUGGACGAACUGCGUUAACAAUGGCUGACGAAGAACUGCAAUUAACAUUCUUCUCUACCUUCGUUGAUAAACGUCUUAUCGGGGAGAGAUCAUGGACCGGUUUAAAGAAUAAUCAUACCGAUCCAGUGAAAAUCGGUAUGGAUCGAUGUUAGAUAAAGCGGGGUCGUUGUUUCGCGACAGCAAGAGGAAACGUUUUUCCGGAUCAAUAGCCUUGAAUAUUGCAACGCCACGUCAUGGACGCUGAAUAAUUAAUGGCCGUUGCGCGGGAUGUUUGGUUUGGGCCUAUGGUCGAGAAUCCUCAAAUAGCGGAAUCGAAGAGCGCGGUACUCCGUGAAGGUGUCGGGCGAGGAUAGCCGCCAUUACGGUACUGACUCGCUCGAAUUUCCAGUUGGCGUGAUCGAAAGGCCUCCAAAACGUCGACCCCGUCGGUGAUCAAGUUAUCGGGGGGUGGAACAGGUGGGGGUGGGGAGCAAUUGUCCCCAGUGUCUGGCCCACCUCCCCCGGUGUCCACAGCCGAGCGUACCGAUCCGAACGAGAACGAUGCCGCCGCGACGAAAUGCAUCGAAAGCUUUACGCAGCCCUCUGAGACCACCAUGAGCUUCGUUUUGCAGCUAGGCACCAUAGAGGCAUCAUUGGAGAAGAACAGUUCAAACCAGCCGUCCUCGUCGUUGAAUACGGACAUCAUAUCCAACGAUGAUGCCGUCAAGUCUCCUCAGAUUCUUCAGUGUCUGGAGAACACGUCGGAGAUUCCAACUGGUCACGUGAUAUCCUUCUCCACCGUCAAAUCGGUCAGCGUUACGUACCCGGUAGCCAAGACCGUGAAGGAGGUACAGAGGAUCGCUGGUCCCCAAACGAACACUACCCAGGUGCUAACGACGCGCGUUAUCUCGCAGAAAUUGCCAUCGUCCGGCCACCAGGCUCAGCCUACACCUCUGACUCUGAAUGCCUCUCCUAACGUUGCUCAUGUACCAAUAAACGCUCAGCCGAUACCAUCGCCAGGAAACGGCGUGGCGCACGUAUAUCCUCUGCAGCACCCUACCAUGACCACCCAGAGCAAACAGCAGGCUAGGAAUCAGGUGAUAAGCAGCGAAGGCAAGCAGCAGCAGCAACAAGUAACCACCAUGGCUAGCCUUCCCCUGAAGGUUCAACCGGUCUCCCCGCAGCUGGUGGUGAGCAGCAGCGCGGUCAGAGCCAUCAACACCGUCACCUCGUUGCCCAACAUCCAGAGGAUACACGUGAAGGCGCAGAAUCUCGUCGGGCAACCGCAGACGGUGAACCUGCAGAAGGUGAAGACGGUGGGGAACGUUAGCCAAGGUGUGACCAUGCAGAGGAAUUCCGUGCCCAGGAUACAAACCGUACAGAAGAGCCAGGUGCCCACCGCGACCGUUCCGACCGCUCAGUUUGCUGUUAACCAAGUAACGAACAACGCCAACGUACCGAGGAGCCAGCAGGGGAAUUCUACCCUCCAGAAAGCACAAGCCAACACCGUGAACGCGCAGAAGGUAGCGCAGGUGUACAAUAACCAAAAGAUAUCCUCGCAGAUGUUAAAUAGCUCUCCGAACCACAAAGCACAACUUCAGCAGAUAACGAGUAAUCAGCAGCAGCAGCAGGGAUUACAAAAGCUACAGGUUCAGUCGCAGAAGACUGUGGCUGUGCCAAGGCAGCAGCAGUCGGCUACCACCGUGGUGAACAACGUUCAGAAGCCGAGCAAUUCUGUAGCUGGUAUACAGAAGGUACAGGUGGUAGGGCAGGUACAGUGUCAGCAGCAAGCGGGGCAGCACGUUCAGAAGCACGUGCAGCAAGUCCAGUCGGCGCAGCAUCAGAGGUCACAGACCGCCACUGUGGCUCUGCAGAAGUCCCAGACGGUGGCCGCGGUUAAUUCCAGCCGGGUGCAAACGAUCACGAACGUCUGCAAGAGCAACAGCGUGCCGAAUAUCGCGAGGACGCCGCAGAACGCUAAUUUGCUGGCCGCGAGCAAACAGCAAGCUGCAUCGUCUCAGCCCCAGCAGUCUCAGCAAGGGCAUGCCCAGAGCUCGGCUCAGUUGCAGCAACAGAUGCUUCAGCAGAGCUCGCAGCAGCAGCAACCGAUGCAGAAACAGCAACAAGCGAACGCGAAUCAACAGGUGCAAAGGAGUCACGGUAUUGGGAACGUGCACCAGAAGGCCGCCACGAUCGCGACGAUGCCGAACGGUCAACGUGCCCAGGUCAAUUCGAAGAUACCCCAGCAGCAGAUGGUCAUGAGAGUGGGCGUACCGAAGAGCCAAGGGCAGAACCUACAGCAGAGCAACCUGAAGACCGUUCCGCAGAAGAUCAGCGGUACGGUGAAGAGUUCCGGCUCACAGAACAGCGUGCAACACCCUAUGCACAGAAACGCGAACUCCCAACCGGUGAAGAUAAUUCAGCAACAGCAACAACAACAGCAACAGCAGCAGAACGUAAUGGGACCUCAGAACACUCAGAAACAGCCUGGAUGCAUCAAGACUAUACCGGCGCAGAAACCAGCGCAGAGGAACCAUGCGCAGAAGGUGACCGGUAUCAAGACCUCUUUGAACACGAAUGUAAACCCGGUUAAGAAUCAAGGAGGUGCGACGACCGCGGUCGCGGCUAAGGCGAGCAUCAAGACCUUGCUUCCUCAGCAGACCGUCGCGUCGAACAUGCUGAUGCAUAAGAAUCAGUCGAUUAAAAUACAACAGCAAACAAUGCAGCAAAAACAGCUAGUAGCCGCGUCACAGUUCCCCCAGCAAGUCAGGCAACAGUCCGGUCAAGUGAAAACGUUACUGCCAGUGUUCACCGGCGAACCUCGCAAGGAUGUUGAGAACAAAUCCGAAGGGGAGUCGCGGGAGUCCAAGGAGGACGAUCGCCAACCACGUCCGGCAUCUCCGAUUAUCAGAAUACCCCCUCCUUAUGAGUGUCUUCAGUACGUCCUACAGGAUCACAAUUACGGUGCGCCACCGCCGCGAACCCCGUCGCCUCCGUCGCCACCGUCUCACCCUAAGCAGGCACCCAUCAACGGUGCAUGCAGUUCCACGACCGCUUCACAGCACCCUUUUAUUUAUAGCAAAGUUGUCACUUGCGCUAAUGUGGACGACGAUGCGGCCAGUGCGAUCAGCAGCGAAACGGGCAGAGAUGGUGAACAGGAGGGCGAAGAAACUGAAACUGCCCCUGAAGGAGAAGGGGACGACGAGGAUAGCGUUACUAGAUGUAUAUGUGACUUUGAACACGACGAUGGAUACAUGAUCUGCUGCGAUCGUUGUUUAGUUUGGCAACACGUCGAUUGUAUGGGCAUAGACCGUUCUAACAUUCCUGACGAGUACCUCUGCGAGAUCUGUCGGCCACGACGGGUCGACAGGCAAAGGGCUCGUGCCCUGCAGAUGCGGAAACGCGAAGAGUUGUUGAACUCGGACACCUCGUCCGACACGUCGUCCACCAGUUCGGCGGACACCGAUGUCGGCGUGAAUACGAUCCCGAAGAAACGUACUCUGCAACAGCAGCAAGUUCCGCGACGAAAGUCCGAACCGCCUCAGGUUAGACGGUUGAAUAACAAUAAUAACAACAACAACAAUAAUGUCGCGAAACGUCAGAGAAGAGAUUCUCAUCCGAGACAGUCGAGCUCGGUACGCAAGAAAGAGGCUACCAAAAGGAACGGCCCUGGUAAACGCAAAGCGAAACGAAGAAUGAGUCUGGAGGACAAGGAGGAGGAGACGCAGGACACCUGGGCGUCUAACGUAGCACCCCUCAGACAGUGGAUCGAGCGUUACGAGGAAGCCGUGACGAAUCAUUACAGUCCGGAGCUUAGAGCCAGAAUUUCAUCUAUCAAAGUGAACGGCACCCAUUGCGAUUUGAGGCAGAGUAACAUGAACGUUAUAGCAACUGGAAAAUGUAGGCUAAACGUGCACAGUAAUAACGUGAGGUUUCUAGUGGCAACGAUGUAUCUUCCACCGAACACCCCGGUCGUCGAGUUGCGGGGAAAGUAUAUGCUAAGCACCCAGCACAGACCUUCGUAUCCCCAAGGAAGACAGCAUACUCAGCGGCCAGGGCCGUUUGUAUUCUUUUAUCGGUUACCCCGCGACGGGACGGAGGUGUGCGUAGACACGAGAACGUACGGGAACGAUGCUAGAUUCGUGCGGCGUAGUUGUAAGCCUAACGCGGAAGUGAAACAUUGCAUCGAGAAGGGAACGUUACAUUUGUACAUCGUAACCACCACCGCGAUCGAGAAAAACGCCGAGAUCACGAUCAGACACGAACAACAUGAUCUUCUAUUGUCGCCUAAUCCGAACGGCCCGAUGAUGCCUAUCGUAUGUGCAUGUAACAAUCCCAGGGAGUGUCAAAUAGUGUCUCUGAACCAGUUGAACAGAAGAGGAAGUAAUGGAGCGUUGGCUGAAAACGCUGACGGUCGAGAAAGAAGACGAAGGGGAAGAAGAAACACGGUCUGCGAGGAUAGCGAUUCCUCCACCGCGGUUCCCAGCACUGUCGUCACCCAGCCUACCACGCCGUCGUCCACGACGGUGUCAUCCUCGGUGUCGUCCGUACCGCCCAAGAGAACGAUAGCGACCACCGUCGCCAACGCGGUGCGUCAGGCGCCGAAGGAGGAGGCGCCGAUGACGGUUCAGCAACCGCAGACGUCGCCGAAUCCCAGUCAGCCGGUGGUGAGCUCGGAGACGAAGAAGGACAAGAAAAAGAUGACCAGAGAGGAGAGGAAGAUGGAGGCAAUCAUGAAAGCGUUCGAGAGGCUGGAGAAAGCGGAGCAGAGGAAGCAGGAAGUUCAGGCGCGAAACGCUCAGAGGAAAGAGUCAGGCGGUACUCAUAGCGACAACGAGGACACUCACGUUUCUCUGCAAUCGAAACAGAAGCAGCAGAAUUCCGAGAGACCACUGAGACGGAAGAGGAGAAAAGGACGAGCAAGGACGACGAGUAGUUCCCAGAGCAGCAGUCGAAGAACGAGGCUGAAUUCAGCGGACUCCGAUGAUUCCUCCGGCGAUGAGAGCACCUCGAUGCAAUCGCCGCCCCUCAGUCAGAAUCAUUCUCAAAAUCGCGACGCGCCUUACUCGUCCCAGCUGCACACACCGGUGAAGAGCGCGAACGAGGGGGUGAACACCUCCGGUCAUCAAGGAAUUCCAACGGCUGCGGGGCUUUUGCUGGCUCUGGCGAACUCGAACGCGCCCGGGCCUAGUUCGCCUCCGUUGCGACAACCAACCCCCGUGAAGAGUCCGACCUGCGACAGCGGGGCAAGCAGCAGCUCCCAGAGUUCGACUCCAUCCACUCCUCUGUCGUCCGCCUGCCUGCUGGUCGCGGCGGCUGUCGGUCCCCUGGCACCUGGGUUCAAAUUCCCGAAGACCAAGAAGGUUCUGAUGAACGAAUGGCUGAAGGAAUCUCCGGAUCCACCUCAGAACAACGCGUCCCAGGUGUCGCCGUUGCAGGCCCUGCCGCCAGCAGCGCCUGUGUCCAACUCCGUAACCGCGCUAUGCAGGUCCACGGACUUCUCUUUGCCCGGCGAUUCCUCCGCGGAGUUCUUGACCCAGAGCUACGCGGCGAAGAGCCUGGCUACCCUGGUGCAGGCGGCCAAUUCGGUGUCGGGGAUAUGCGAUUCGCCGCCCCAGCGUAGACAAGCGGCCGCCGGGAACACGGUGUGCCCGGUGUCCACAGGCUCCGCCAAGAAGCGCUGGCUGAGGCAAGCCAUCUCCGAGGAGUGCGACUCGCCGAACAGUCGACCGGAUAGCCCGCCCCCGAGCGAAAUGGUGGCUCCGCCGAAGAAGAGGAGGAUAGCCAGGGAGAGCCUGUCCUCCGACAACUACACUCCACCCACGACACCCACCAUGCUGGUCCCUGAAUCUGCUCCCAAUAACAGAUCCCUUUGUCCAACCGAGGACGACUUCAUCGAACAGCCCCACUCGCCGUUGGUGGAAUCGAGCGAGGAACAUCAGCCUAGGACAGAGGGGGUGAAACAAGAGAUGCUCGACUCGGACGAUCACGGGAGCGAGGAGGUGCGACGAAAGCUCUCCAUAGACAUCCCUCGAGAGUACAACGCGAAGACCGUGAAGAAGGAAGAGGAGACGUCGACCGGUAGGUCCGAGCCUUCGUUGGUUAAGUCUGAGGACGUUCAGGUGAAGGAGGAAACGAAGGAGGAGAUGGAGUGCGAUUCGUACGCGAGUCUGGAAACGAAACCCUUCGUGAAGAACGAGUAUCGUUCGGUUAAGAACGAGAUGAUCAACCGGCACAGGGAUAAAUGCAAGAGGGAGGAGAGGAUAAAGAAGGAGGAGGAGAUGGAGAUCGAGAAGGGCAGGGUUGAGAUAAUCGAUCAGAACGAGGGGGACACGGAGAUGGAGGACCUUAGUUCUCCCAUCGGCGCUAUGGAAUCGGACGUGAUUCUUAAGCAACGGGUCGCCGAGAUGAGGCUCGAAUUCGGUGCCAGUAUAAGUGAAAUGAUGAGCGCCGAGAACGACGAGGAUAGAAAGUCGGAAAGGGCCGACGAGAAGUCGGACGAUAACAUGUCGAUCGACGAGUUCGACGUGGAGGCGCAGAUGAAGAAGAUCACCGGCGACGAUGGGAACGAUUACAAGGAGAAGGUGGACAGCAGCUCGGAGAAGGAUAAGAGUAUGGACGGUAUAGAAGGAUUGAUGGAGAGCUCCAAGGAGGACUCCGAAUCCGAGGACAAAGAGAUAGACGAUCUGAAGUACGAGACUAACUUUAAAUCCUUUCAUUUGAACCACGAGGAGAAGCUGUUCAACGAGUUCGAGAACGAUCAUCAUAGACAGAAUAACGUUGUCGAGGAAAGUGGCGGUAAGGAGAUAGAAGAGCAAAGCGAAGAAUCUCAGAAAACUGAACACCCCUCGGUGUCCGUCGCCUCGUCGGAGGAAUCUAUAUUCGAGUCGACGUCCUCGAACAUGGACGCGGAGUCGGUCGCGGACCCGCCGAAGAUUUUUCAUUCCAUUCCACCGUUGAGCGAGCGUAUCCGGAAGAAGACAGAGGUGGCUAGUGCCCCGAAGAGUCAUUUGAACUUCGAGGCAGCCAUCAUAGAAUCCACCAUCGACAUGGACUCGGUGGAUGGAUCGAAGAACGAUGAAGAACAGAAAUCUAUGUUAUCGACCGCGCUGAGGGAGCUGCUGGAGGCGAAGCUGGACGACCUGACGUCCGACGGAGCUAAGGAAGAAACGACGGACGAUAAUAGUACCCCGUGCCCCGAGCCAGAGGCGAAGACUGAGCCUCAGGAACAGAGCGUAGAGGUCGAAGAUACCGUGCUGAAAACCGUCUCUCAGAACGUUCAUAACGAAGAUGCAUCGACGAAGGAAACAGAGAAUCCGCCGAAAGAAAUAAAACGGUUGAAGGAUCCUAGAACGGUGGUUCCGAACAGCAUGCCAGCGCCAGCAUUUAAACCCGAAACGAAUCCUCCUGUUAAACGAAAGUUGUCCAUAUCAGAAUACCGCAAACGAAAGCAACAAUCGACUGGCACGCCCCCGGAACCGGAACCCUCGAGCGAUACCUCCACUACGGAUAAAAGUGGAGCGAGGGGUAGAUCGGACAGCGCGAGCAGCGGCACGUCGUCGCUAAGUUCCGACGAGGAAGGCUCGAAGAUCUCAAUGUCAUUGGAUAUACCGACACUCACCGCGUUACCGCUGUUCACCAACGCGGAGAGCGACGAGAAGAAAGGCGGGGAAGAGGGUACGAUCGGCUGGUCCGCCGCACCGACUCUGGUCGAACGUCAACGAGAAAACCUGACGGAGAGAUUGAAACGAGAGUUCGGAUUGUUCCUCAGCGACGACGAGGAGGAGAGAGCUCGCAAACACGGUCUAACGGCGGAGGCGAUACUGAAAGCGCGCAAGGCGUCUCCGCCUCAUCCGACGGUCUCGAAUACUCCUCCGGGUUACCCGGUCCCACCUCAGCUGCCCCCUCAACCCUACAUACCCCCACCUGGAUCCGCGUCCAUCCACUACGCUCAGUUCCAAGCGAAACCUUGCCCGGUUCAGUAUCAAAAUUUCACCGUGCCGCAGAACGUGGCCCAACCGAUCUACGCGAACGCCGCACCCCAAGCGACGACGACCAAGCCGGCGCAGCAACAGUUUUUAGUGCCUCAGGCGUCCCAAGCGCCGCCAGGCUCGAACCCGUAUCCCCCUCAGUUCAUUCCGCCGUCGACCACGGCCGUGCCGGUCGCCAAGUUCUCGUCCGUGACACCGCCACCGGGAAAUCAAAUCUACCCUGCGUCUGGGCAAUCGCAGAAGCAAUUUUAUAACCAUCCGGCGCCGAGGUCUUAACCCACAUAAAAAGAUUAGCGAGUUAGAGUAUACGUAUCUCCUCCGUGGCGCGGCGAGGAAGGCAGCGAAACGAACUGUGCGCGUCUCGAGGAGAACAGAGAAAUAUAUAUAAGUUCACACAAUCUCAUCUUCUGCCUUGCAUCGUUCGUGCUGUUCUAGGGAAAUGAAAGAGAAUGGUAUAUUUAGAAAUUUUAACGAUGACCUUUGCGCACGACUGGCUCAACACCGGGAGAAGAAGAAGAGAUACGUGAUCUCAGGUGCUACACUGUUCUCGCUCGUGGUUCAGAAACGUUACGUAUGCAUGCAUCGUCGUCCGCUUGGAAGAUAACGCUUCUCGCGUGGUUUCGAUCGAUUAGAAUACUCGGCGUGGCCUAAAGUGAUAUAUUUAAGUAUUUCGAACAAAGUAAAGGGAAACGAUGCGUAGGCGUUUUCGUUGCAUUUUAACGAUGGACGAACGUGGUUCGAGGGGAAAAAAAUCUUGAGUUGGCGUCUAAACGUAAACGGCCAAAGGGUGUAUUAUCCGUGCACUUUUUAUUACCGAUCAAAUAAUUGGUGCCCUAAGAAUCGUUUAUACAUAGCAGUAGUUCAAUUUUCCUGAAUGAAAAUUGGAAUCUAAAUACCGUAUAACUGGUAAUUAAUUACACGCGUAUUCGAUACACAGUGACACAUACACACACGAUACAUGCAUAACUUGCAUUUUUUUUUUUUCUGUAAAUAUUCAUUAUUUCUUGCAUAUAUAUUGCAUAAUAUAUAAACAGGAUACGAAGGAAAGUAAUG